GAACCCACGCCCAGACAUUCCAGGCGGCUCCGCAGCGCUGCGAAAGAAAAGGACAGCAGUUGGUCAAAAAAGCAUGCGCAUCGCGAGGAAAGCUCCCCGGGAGUCCUCGUCGGGCUGCGCGCCCGACGACAGCGUGUUACCGGGCCCCAGGCGAAAGGCCAACAUGCCUUCCUCUUACAAAUAUCAACCUCUCAGCUCGCCAGCCACUCAGAUACGCCUCCUUGAGUUGCUCCCAGGCCGCGGGAUCAUUCAGUGCCGGCUCAAGGUCGCCAACCUUGAAGAGGCCCAGGGCACCUACGAACCUAUCUCCUAUUGCUGGAAGACCUACAGGCGCGAGCACUGGUGGGGAGGAUCCUACAUGGAGAAGAAGAAGCAAAAGGAAUCCCGAGUGCUGGUGGACGGCUUAGACCUCCUCAUCACUCAAAGUCUCCAGACGGCUCUUCGGCACAUGAGGCUCGAAACCCAAGUCAGAGUCCUUUGGGCCGACGCCAUCUGCAUCAACCAGGGAGACAACGAAGAAAAGAGCGCCCAGGUCUCGAUGAUGGGUAAGAUAUACAAAAGCGGCUCUCGGACCAUCAUAUGGCUCGGCGACGCCGACUUCUGGACCAGGACGGCAUUUAAACACAUGAGGAGGGCAAGGCCGACGCCUGGGCGCCUGGGGAGGGCAGACAGAUCACAGGAUUCUAACUCCACUGGGCAUUCGACAGGUGGAGAUCAGCACCAACUUGAAUCAGCAAACGAGGGCGGUAUGGCACGACUUUCGAGAUAUCGACAACAAGUAACCGCGCUCUGCCGAGACACUUUCAUAUUCUUUGUCUAUCGCUCAAUUGCCAAUCGUCCCUAUUUUAGCCGUGCCUGGAUCGUCCAGGAAGUCGUGCUGUCCGAUAGCAUUGUGGUUCUGUGCGGUAAGCAUGGGGCGACUGGGAAUAAUCUUUACAACUGGCUCUGCGAUGAUGAGUGGCUCAGUGGCACAGCUUCCGGCUUGAUCAGAUACAGCAUUAUCGACUUGUGGGACAACUUACAGGUCUACGACCUGGACUGCAUCAUAAGUAAGCUUUCACAUAUGAAAACGUCGGAUCCGAGGGACAAGCUGUACAGUGCUUUGAGUCUUGACCAGGACUACAUUGACUCCGGGUCCAUCACCGUCGACUACAGGAAGACCGUCGAUGAGGUCUUCCUGGAUACCACCAAGGUCCUCCUCUCCCGGAGUCCCUUUCUCGAUCUUCUUUCGAUAAGUUAUGGCACCGCUCGACCGGACGGCAAAAAGCAUGCCCCUUCUUGGGUGUGGAAUCCAGAAUCCAGGUCCACCGAGUUCCACCUGUCAUGGACAAUAUCCCACGCGUCACGUCCCUUUCGAGCGACCCGAGGUUCACAUUCUCAAGCCCAAUUCCAAGAUCAAAAGCUCGGGCUACGUGGCUACAUCUUUGACAACGUACGCAAAGUAGGGAAUGUAUUGUCUGCGUCUUCCAGUGCCCUCUGGUCACAUGAUGAAACAAGGGAGGCCAUACGGUGUUACUGUUCCUGGAUAAACGUGUGUGGACUCAAUGAGCAGGGUAUCACGGAUACAGAAGCGACGGCGCAUAUGCAAACUUUCCGCCGCACACUCAAACCUCUUGUUGAGAAGUUCACACCUGCCGAGGAAUGGCCAGAGUAUGAUGAGUACGAGGCGGCAUACUUUUUGUUAUUUCAUAAAGAAGUAAUGAAGCGUUUCGGCAGGUUCUUCAUCCCCGAGACUCAGAAGGCAACAAUGCGGUCAAGACUGGGGUUAUGGGCAACCGUUGAGGCUUUCCGCUUGCUUCCACUUUUCGAGCCCGAAUGCCUUGUUUUCUUCCAUGACUGGCAUACCAAAGCGAUGGUCGGCCAUUGCGUUGUUUGGACGGAUAACGGACGCUAUGCGUUAUGUCCAGGAGGUACAAUGCCUGGCGACAGGUUGUGCCUCCUCCAAGGCGCGAAUGUGCCGAUUCUUCUUCGCCCAUCUGGAGAGAACUGGACUCUAGUUGGGGAGUGCUACACUGAAGGGGCUAUGUAUGGGGAGCUAUGGGACCCGGAACGAUGCGAGCCGCUCUGGAUUGAGUGA